AUGAAGCAUGGCAGCGAGUCGAAGAUAGGGGAGGAGCUCGACCGGUUCCUCUUGCCUACCGGGCCCUCCGCGAAGGUCACAGGGGCGAUUCAGUCCUUCCACGAUGGCCGAAUCUCAUGGAAGGAGUCCUGCGAGCAGCUGCGCACGGUGAAAUCUUCCGGGGAGGAUGGAGCUGGCAGCGGUAGGCGUAUGUUCUGCGCGUUGACGCUGAAACAUCAUGCCUACCAUGGUCUGCGCCGUUUGUGCGCGGCGGGCAAAUUGCCGACCCGCGAGAUGCGCGACAAGGCUCUGGAUGACCUCGUCAGGCUGUGCUGCAUCUACGAGAGUCACGACAAGCUAAUUCUGCGACAGUUGUUAUACGCCGUGUCUGGGCUGGCAAUGACGUUUUUCGACAUUAGUGCAAAUGAGCGCGACUUCCUGUUAAAUACGGCACUGCUGAAGCUUGAAGGGAGGCCUUUGAUUCAGUUCGAGCUGUUGUCGGCGUUUGCGGAGGAGCUCUUCAACGAGACCAUAUGCGUGUCUUCGUUCACGCGUGCUGAUGUCGUGCGCAGCAGCGUGAUGAUCGCACCCCGUAUAUUUGGGCGCCUGUUCGCUUUCAUGGGGGAUAAGGCAAACAUGGAACAUGUGCCGUCUUUGAGCGCCUUGGCGCAUUGGCUGGGGUUGCACGUCCGUUUGGUGCGGACGUUCGGAGGGACCCACGAGUACGUGCCAAAUGAGGCACACGGCGGGAUACAUACGUUAGACAUGGAUUCUAUGGGCGCAAAGAUACCCCGGGACGAUGCGGUUUUGAUUCGGAACGGCCUGAACGCAUUCGGUGCUAUGGGCGGCGUGUUCUCGCUUUUCGAGCGGUUGCGGCACUCCAUCGUGGUGAAGAAUGUGGAGUUGUCUGAAUUCGCCUGCGAAGCGCUGAUGCACUUCUAUUCGUUGACCCAGUUCGACUUCAUGAGCAUUUUGACUGCCACAAGCCAGCGCUACAACGACGUGUCCUCCCACACCAGCCGGAGCUGGACGGCGAGCGCGAAGCCAUCCAUCACCCAGCUUCCGUGCAUAGUGACCGACAGUUGUCACUGGGCAAUGGACUUCGUCUCCCAGCUGCAAGAGAUCCUGUGCCCCGUGAUGUCGCAAUGCCGGGAUAAUCCCUCCGAUCCGAGGUUCCCAGUGGUGACGCAGAUACUGCGUAACGUGAUGGAGUUCCUGGUGGUGAUCGCAGCUGAGCACAUACCGUUCAUUUUGAUGUUCUCGGAGGGCGAAAUGCACAAGGCAUGCGCGGUAUGCUUCUUCGUGAAUGAGGCGGUGCGCUACCCGGACAUACGCUGUCGCGAGCUGUGCCUUGACUUUUACGUCAGCAUGAUAGGCAUCUUGUUCGCGACCAAAGACGCCAUGGUGGAGCCGCACUUAUCGACGUGCAUACUGCGCAUAGUGCAGGCGAUGCGCCACAACUACACCGACUUCGUGCGCCAGCUGCUCAAGAGCGCCACCUUGGACCUCGACAAACACGAUGAAGCGGCCUUCGAUAACUACCGGCGCUUAGUCGCGGUGUUUAUCGACGAGGCUAUACACAUCAUCGGCGUGAACGUGCUGGUCAUGGUCAUCCAAUGCAAAGUCAAAGCGCUAGAGGAGGGUUUCGAUUGGGUCGAGGCUGAGAUGUGCGCCUUUCUGAUUCGAGCGGUGGCACAUCGGCUGACUACGGGUUUGGCCGACGCCAUUAUCAUGAAGUACCUGUCCAUCGUCUGCGACCACAAGCGGUUCCGCGAGCUGUAUGAGGAGAAAGGUGAUGCGGUCGCCUCGUACGUGCACCGCAGCGUUGCGGAUUGCAUUAUUCUGAUGUCUGGGCUUAUUGUGCAGGACGAGGAGCUGCUGAAGGCGGCACAGGAACUGUGUAUAAGGCAAUUCGGCAGCGGUAAGGGCACGUACCCGAACUUCAGCGCGCGUGCAAUGCAUGCGCUCGCAUUGAGCGCCGACUACUCCACGUGCGACGUGUUUGAUCUGAUGCGCCACAUAUCGCAAAAAAUCGCGCAGGCAGACUCUCCCCUCCCAUCGCGACUUGAACUACUGGGAGGUAUCGCAAAUCUGUUAUCAACCUUCAACGACAGUGCGAAGGUGCGCCUUCGUCGUGACUUCGUCGUCGCCAUGUCGAUGCGGCUCAACGGCCUCAUCGACGCGGGGAGAACGGAAAACAUGUCGGAUGAGAUUGCCCUAUACAUGUCUACUCUGUUCUUGGUGGACUUCAAGCCGUGGUUCACGACGGACGUGGGCGGCAACGUAUCCAAAGAGUGCAUGGAACUGAUGCGCCGCAACCACGAGUCCACAACCCUGCGCCGCAUCAAACGCAUGAACACAUUUUGGCCGCAGGUUGACCUAUGUCUGGAGUCGCUGCGUGUGGAUCAGCGCUACCCCUCGAACGACAUUGAGAACGUAACCCGCCUGUUGAUCUGGAUUCUGAAGGAGGCCAACUUCGGUAGCCACACCCAUCUGCUGGCUCUCAAUGCAGCCUUCCAUUCCGCGCGCCUCUGCAAGCACGAAAAGCUGUUGAACAAAUGUAUGGACACGACGGAUAAGUACGUAUCACGGAUUUUGAGUGUGGUGCUGGGGAGCGAUGACUUCGGCGACAGCAGUGCAGCCUCCGUAUCGGAUUUUGCGGCGUCGGAAAAAGACGCGGUGAGGAGGGAAGCUAAUGUGGCUAACUCAGCCGUUCUUCAGCUGUUGAAUCCAAACCCCGCCGACGCCAGAGGCGACCACGGCUACGCUCCAUCUGGCGGUGGCGCACCAUCGCACUCCUCACGCAUCGACGAGUUCACACGCAAUCAGCACAGGUAUAGCUCGUAUACGGAUGGUUUCCGUAGUGCUGAUCACAGACCUGAAGAACGGGAUGUUAGAAACAGGUUUAACGGGUCAUACGCAGAAGGAUCGCAUGCUACCGCUAAUCAUACAAAUGGCAGUCGACACGCUGACCAUCCAACGGGCACCGCAUCAGAGAGCAGUGCAGGAUCCAACUUUCGCCAAUCCGCAUCGGAGAUUCUGCGUAUUCACAACGCGGAAAGAUUUCGCUCUGAGGGCGAUCUCAACAGCCUGGAUUUGUUCACCAACGCCGUUAGAGCAGGUGUGAAUAAUCACAUGUCUGCUCUAAAGCUGCUGACUUGGCCUAAGUUUGGCCGGUAUGUGGCGGUCGUGGCUUUGCUCCUGCCGACGGAGAACCCCGCCCUCAACAGAUCAAUUGUGGAGCUAUUCGUGGCAGUGGUGCACUGGAUUCGUCGCACCAGGGCGGAGCUGCCUGACAAGGAACGGCAGAAACGUAGGCUCAUUCGCAACGCCGCAAGGGCGAUACUCCUGGGCAAGCACUUCGCGCAGUGCAACAUGACUAUGGCCGACGUCGUCGCAUCGUCCAUUCUGCAGUCGUUGAUGUCGCGUCCUUGCCAGGUGGAAGGCUGCAUACCUCCCGCAACUCGCGUGAUUCACACCCUCAUCGGAUCCAAGUCCUUCUACCCUAUGGUAGCCGCCUCCGUCAAGAGUUGCAUGAGAGCAUCGCAUACUACCCGGCGUAGGCUGAGCAGCUGCCACAUCACCAUGUGGAGCACCCCGCGCGAGUAG